ACCUUGCCAGCUGAGACGGUAGAAUUCGCCCAUCGCAUAUUUGAUGCAGCCAGGAGCGGGGAUACGGCGUUGCUAUCGCAAGCCAUCGACUCGGGACUCCCUGUCAACCUCACGAACGAGAAAGGGAACACUCUCCUUAUGCUCGCGGCCUACAGCGGCCACGCGGAUCUGACCGGCACUUUGCUGUCGAAAGGCGCGGACCCGAACAGAGUGAACGACAACGGCCAAUCGCCUUUGGCCGGCGCCGUGUUCAAGAAUGAGAAUGAGGUCGUGCGGAUCCUCAUGGCCGGCGGCGCCAACCCAAGGCUGGGCACGCCCACUGCGAUCCAGACAGCGCGAAUCUUCAGAAAGGAAGACGUUUUGGAGAUCAUGGGAGCGACGGAGGACGAUUUGAAGGAGGCACUACCGACUAUGCCGGGGCCACCGCACUAG